AUGCUCGGCUCCGAGGCCGCCGCCGCUUGGAGGGCCCGCAUCGACGCGAGGCGCAAGUCCAAGCGCUCGGUCGUCCAGGCUGUCUCAGCGGCAGGCGCCUGCUCGGCGGGUAAUGCGAUCUGCUGGGCGAGCCUCAAGGCUGGCUCCGCCCGUUGCAACCGCGGGGACUGUCGGCUCCUGCACCUGAACUCCGGCACGUGCAUCCACUCGGUGGAACACAUGUUGGGGCAGCGGAGCGCCGCGUGCGACGCCUGCGCCUUCCACAGCCUCAGCCGCGAGGUGCUGCUGCAGCAAGUCGCCGGCUGGUGGGGAACGGGAUACGAGCUGGUUGAGAGCGGCGACACGGAGGCGGCGCGUCCCGCUGCGCCGCCUGCAAUGGCUUCGAGCUGGCACACCGACGUCGAGUUUUGGCGCGGCGAGAUCGCGCGCCGCCACCCGGGAAACGGCCACCUGCAGCGGCUGGUGGGGGAGGCGUGGUUCAGCGCACUGCUCUGCGACGAGGGCGGCGCAAAGCUCUGGCGCGGCGUGCGGCGGAGGCUGCUCAAGGAGCUGACAGAGGCGAGGGCGGCGGCCUGCCUCGUGCCGUGUCCGUGCCGUGUCGGCGACAGGCGUGGCAUCGCGACGCUGCUGCUCUCGGCCGCCCUGCCCGGCGCAACCGUCGUGAUGGUGCGGUGCCACCUGCUCGACAUCUUCCAAGAGGGCGCGCUCGAGCGGCUCGCGCAGCACUACGUGGCGGGCGAGUGCGGCGGCGGGCUUGCCUGGGGCUGCGCGGUCGGGACGCACUUGUGCGGCGCGCUGAGCGCGCGGCUCGUCUCCUUCUUUGGCAGCGGUGGCCCUCUGCUGCGCGAGCUGGUGCUCUCCCCGUGCUGCCUCAAGGGGUGGCUCGGGAAGGAGGUGCAGCGGCAGGCGCGCGAGCUGCACCGGCCCCACUACGAGGUCCUCGUCAGCACGCUCGCCGAGCUGGUGCGCGCAGCGUGCCGCGACGCCGAGGGCGAGGGCGGGAGCGGUUGCGCGGACUCUAGCGGGUCGGCGGCGGAGGUGGAGGUGCGCGAGUGGUACGAUGCGGAAGUCCUCUCAGAGAAGAAUGGCUUCGUGCUGGCCAGCCGGCCGCCGCCGCCGCCGCCGCCGCCGCCGCCGCCGCGGGACGUUGAGGCGGCGACGCAUCGACACGCGGAGCCAGGGCCCUCUUGGCCCCUCCUCGGAGCUUGCUCGGAGCCUCGACGCGCCGGGGCAGAGGCAGCGCGCGAGGGCGUGGAGCGGGCCGCCGCGCUCGCCACCUCGCUCCGCCGGUGCGGCCUCGACGCGUGCUAUUUGCGCCGGGGCGGCGCGGACAGCCUCGCCAAGCUGCUCGGCCGCCUCCCCGCCGGGGGGUCGCUGCUGGCCGUCGGGCGAGAGGGGACGAGCUUACACGCCGCUGGCGGCGGGCCACCGCUGCGCCUGCACGCCGGCAUCGCCGCCAAGCGGCUGCGCAACGCGGGCGCGGCGGGCUUCCAGGACUCUCUUCUGGCGGCGUGCGAGCUUCGUGCAGGCGAGGUCGUCAUCGACGCGACGGCGGGCUUGCUGGGCGACGCUCUCGUCGCCGCGCACGCCGUCGGCCCGGGCGGUCGCGUCGUCGCGAUGGAGUCGAUCCCGCUGCUCCACGCCGUCACUUCCGGGUCGCCGUCGACGCUCGGCGACGCCCGCGCAGACGAGGCGCUGGGUCGCGUCUCGGUGCUGCUCGGUGACCACACGGCGCUCCUGCGCUCCAUGCCGGACGAGUCGGCCGACGUCGUCUUCUUUGACGCGGCACCUGCGUACGCCGGGCUGCGCUCGCUCGCCGACCAUCGGCCGCUCAGCGCGGAGGCGGUGCGGCAGGCGGUGCGGGUUGCGAGGAGGCGCGUCGUCGUGAUGGACGCCGCCGCCGGCGAGGAGCUCGAGCGGUUGGGCGUGCCGCUCUACCACCGGAGCCAGCGCAAGCGCUUCGGCGUGAUAGACCGCAGCAGUCCGCCGCCGCUGACCACGGCCACGGCCACGACCACGACCACGCCAUAUCUCGGCGCCGUCGUCGCUCCAGCCAAAGGUCACACCGCGGCCCGUCGCCGGCGCAAUACAGAGCGACGUGCCGCCGAGGCGGCGGCAACCGCGGCGGCGACUGCGGUGGCGCUGCGAGAGCUGCGGGAGCUGCAAGGUGGAGACGGCGGCGGCGGCGAGGAGGGGGCGGCACUGCCCACGGCUCCUCCUCAGCCUGCUGACUCGCCGGCGCAGCUGCUGGCCGCCACGUGCGUUUGCCGCGACGAGGUGCGAGAGGCGUUGGCGCAGCUACGGCGCUCGAGAAAGGGGCGCCGAGAGGAGGCGCGGGUGGGGGAUGGGCAGGCGGCGGCGGGGGUGGAGGUUUGCAACGACUUGGUGGCUGCGAUGAGUUGCUGCAUUCGAAGUCUCGUGCGCGCCGUGGCGCAGCUCGAGGCGUCGACGCGCGGCGUGGCGCCAGGCGCGAUGUGCGAUGGUGGGACGGCCGCUGCGGCGCCGGCCGAGGCGGCGCGGGCGGCGGCACUGACGUUUGCGGCCGAGAUCCGCGCCGCCGCUGCGAGCCUCUCAGUCGAGGAGCGGGCGUUCGCCGCGUGCGACGCGCUGCGAAGAGAUUUGCGCUUAUCGUGUGGGCUUUGCGUCAGUGGUGACUGA